AUGGUCGAGAUUGGUGUCCCCCAGUGUUCAGUACUGGGACCCAUUUUGUUCCUUAUCCACGUGGACGAUGCCUCAAGAGAUUUAGAUUGCGAAGUAGCAAUGUUUGCCGAUGACAUGAAGAUAUGGAGUGUAAAUCGGGGUCCUGCCGACGAAGGCAGACUGCAGAUGAACCUGAAUCGGUUGGGAGAGUGGUCAAAACGUUGGCUCCUGCGGUUCAACGUUGCCAAAUAUAGCAUACUUCGCCUAGGCAACACAGCCAGAUCCGCCAGCACAAGAAACUACUCUCUGGACGCUGCAGCCUUAAAAGAGGUCGAAGCCCAAAAGGACCUCGGUGUGCUGACGAUCACUUCCCUAAAGCAAUCUGCCCACUGUUCGAGAGUGGCAAAAACCGCAAUGUCCGUACUGUACUCCAUCAAGCGUGCGUUUAUGGACUAUGACAAAGAAGCUUUCUCAAAGACAUUCGGAACAUUCGUCCGGCCGCAUUUAGAGUACGGCAUACAAGGCUGGAGGUCGUGGGCGGUUGAGGAUCAAAACUGCCUCGAGAGAGUCCAGAAGAGAGCCACGAAGAUGGUUAGGGGUCAAAGCUCCUCUCCUUAUGCAACCCGCCUAGUAAAUCUAAAUCUCUUUCCUUUGAGUUAUAGGCAACUUCGCGGGGAUCUCUUGCAGGCCUUCCGCAUUGUUAAGGGGUUGGAUUGCAGUCUGGCCUUCGAGAACUUUUUUUGAAUUUGCUACCACGACCAACCUCCGAGGUCACCCGUUAAAACUGCGCACUCAGCAUGCAAGGUUGGAUGUACGGAAGUUCUCCUUCUCUGUUCGAGUGGUCAAACCAUGGAAUGCCCUUCCCGCAGAUGUUGUGAUGUCACCAUCCAUACAAAGUUUUAAAAAGAAUCUUGACAUAUUUAUGUUCCAAAAUGGCCAAGAGCGAUGAGAAGUCGAGCUCAUCCCCUGUAACUCCUUCUCAUUUUGUCCCACCAUUAUGGGCGUGUUGGAACUAUUUCUGCAAAUAGGGUACUCAAAGGCUUACGCCUAUUUCCCUCAAUAAACUGAACUGAACUGAACUUCCGCAGCUGUUGCUGCACAAGCUGGCGACACCUGAAGAAGGCAUCCUUGGUUGCGCCAGUCUGCCGGUCGUUGCAGGCUUCGUGCUGCCCAUCAUUCUCAGCGAGCAGAUUGCGGAUUUCAUUGUCCUUGGCGUUGAACCAGUCCUGGUGCUGACGACGUUCGCGACCGAGGGCGUCCAGGACGAUGAAGAAGGUGAUAUUCCGCAGUUGGUGCCACUGUUCCUACACCAUGGCUUCGUCGUUCGGAGCCUGCAAUUCUUCAGACGCCGAACUAACUGAUUGCUGACAUCUAAGCCGGGAGCAGACAAAUUCAACAGAUCGUUUACCUUACGGUCUCCUGCGGGGCUAUAGUUGGCGCCCCAUCCUAGAGAUGACGAGACGGUGAUCCGUCCAGCCUUCGUCACCACCGCAUCCCGUCGAUCUCGCUUUCGGACAAGGACGUAGUCUGACAGACGUCACCGCGGAGGCCGGGGGUGCCUCCAGGCCGUUUUUUCUGCGUCGGAAUGGAGAAGAAGGUAUUGGCCAUGAACGGCCGGUGUUCCGCGCGUGUUCACAGAGGGAGUAGGACGCGUUAUAGUCACAGUCGCCGAGUUCAUGUGUAGUUAGCACUACUCUCCAGGUAGCGCAGCCUCUCCCAAUUCAGGCAAUGAAGACACCAAGGACAACCAGCUUGACCACCUUGGGACAGUCGCCAGAAGGGCUUGCAGGUCUUCGUAGAGCAUGGUGUUUUCCUCAUCGGAGCUGGUCAUUUUGGGGAGGGGCAUGGACGUUGACGAUGUUAACAUGUUUGACUCCCUGAAAAGGCAAGCGCAGGCGCAUAGGGCGGUUGUUGACAGUCUACGGACACCCACAACACCCUAUACCCUGAUCUGGUUUGGCCCGCCAUCGAGACGGUUACCGCGAUGUGGCCGUUUGGCAGGUCCUAACUUCAGGCAGCCACAAAUGAGAGUCAGGUGUCACUUAAGGGCCAUACAAAGCAGUCGCCGCUUGCGUGAUACGACCUACCACAUCUACACGGUUUAACCCCUAGCCAGACACCACUGAACCCCACACGCAACGAGGAUAUUUCUACCGUCGUGAUCAAUGAUUUCCACUGCGUGCUCCACAGUAGGGUGGUAUCAGGGACGAUAACUUGCGCAUGGGUUAAUCUGCAAUGAUAGUUGCCUUGCGUGGGCAGUGUGGGAAUGAGAAUUCGGCGGUGUCGGUGUCGGCUACAGAGCAGGCGGUGGUGGUGGUGGUGGUGGCGGCAGUGGUGGUCGUGAUGGGCGCGCAGGGCGAUGGAGCGAGGGUGGGACAGGGCAUGGUGGCUGUGUUGGAUGUGGUUAGUAUGUCGGAAUUGUGGUCAAUUCCGCUCUCGUGGAUGCGCCUGUGGCCGAAAAGGCCCAUACGAUGCGUGCAGGUGCGAGGGCGGUAUGGGCAGUGGAGGCGAGUACGGUGGGUGUGGGUUGGUGCUCCAGGCACUGGUUCGUCAGUCUCUGUGCGAUGGAUUCGCAAGUAACCGACCAGGUCGAUGUGUGAGGUGAAGUUGCGGGCGCAGUGAGGGCAGGUGUAGUCCUGGUCCUCAUCGCUGGAUUCAGAGGAAGUGGGGGUGAUGUCGGUUGUUGUGACAGGGUUGGUGAUGUGCGAGACGCCCGCAUGAGCGGCCGUCGUUGAGACAGUCGUUGAUGACGACGACGAUGAUGAUGAUGAUGAUGAUGAUGAUGAUGAUGGUGGUGAUGAUGAUGAUGAUGAUGAUGAUGAUGAUGAUGAUGAUGAUGAUGAUGAUGAUGAUGAUGAUGAUGAUGAUGAUGAUGAUGAUGAUGAUGAUGAUGAUGAUGAUGAUGAUGAUGAUGAUGAUGAUGAUGAUGAUGAUGAUGAUGAUGAUGGAAGUGGUGGUCCAGAAGAAUUGUCAGAGGUAGUUGGCGGCGGAGAGGACGAGGAAGAGGCGGGCGGGGGGGGGCGAUGGUUGGUGCAGUUCGAGAGGUACAUUUGA